CCCAGCAUGCGGCGGGUUGGCGCGGGGCCGCGCGUCAGUUAUUUACAGCCCUGGCCAAGAUGGCGGAUCAUGAGGAGCAGGUAUCGGAGGAGGAGAAGGUGCGCAUAGCAGCAAACUUCAUUACUCAUGCUCCACCAGGAGAAUUCAAUGAAGUUUUUAAUGAUGUGCGGUUGCUGCUCAAUGAGGACAAUCUUCUCAGGGAGGGUACAGCACAUGCCUUUGCACAGUAUAAUGUGGACCAGUUUACUCCAGCAAAAAUUGAUGGAUAUGAUGAUCAGGUCUUAAUAACAGAACAUGGUGACCUUGGCAAUGGUAGAUUUUUGGAUCCCAGGAACAAGAUUUCAUUCAAAUUUGACCAUUUACGAAAAGAAGCAAGUGAUCCCAAGCCCCAUGAUGUCGAGAAUGCAUUGGAAUCUUGGAGAAGUGCUGUGGAUAAUGCUAUGAGAGCAUAUGUAAAAGAACAUUAUGCAAAUGGUGUCUGCACUGUAUAUGGGAAAACCAUUGAAGGACAUCAAACCAUCAUAGUAUGCAUUGAGAGCCAUCAGUUCCAACCCAAAAAUUUCUGGAAUGGACGUUGGAGAUCAGAGUGGAAGUUUACUAUCACUUCUUCAUCAACUCAGGUGGAAGGCAUUUUGAAGAUUCAGGUUCACUAUUAUGAAGAUGGCAAUGUUCAACUGGUCAGCCAUAAAGAUGUACAGGAAACAAUGUCUGUCACUAAUGAAGCCCAGAUGGCAAAAGAAUUCACAAAACUUGUAGAAGCAGUAGAAAAUGAAUACCAGACUGCUAUCAAUGAAAACUAUCAGACCAUGUCGGACACUACGUUUAAAGCCUUGCGUCGACAGCUGCCAGUCACUCGCACCAAGAUCGAUUGGAACAAAAUUCUGAGCUACAAGAUUGGCAAAGAAAUGCAAAAUCUUUAAGAGGAAGUUUUGCAUGACUGGAUAAUUUUCGUGUCUGUUUUAAAAAGGUCUGGUCUCACAAGUGUGAAAUUGUUGAAUUACAUUUAUAAAUAAUUUGGGAAAUUGCCUCAUAACCUUUUUUAAUACACUUUCAGUUGAAUACCAUUAGCGCUCAUGAUAGAUUUACUGUGCACAAAGCACAUGGCUUUCAAUGCAGCAUUUCCCUUUCUAACAAUGUUAAAAUAGUCUGACUCCUUGGUUUACUCAUGUGUUUGUUUUCAUUUUAAUGUAUGUUCACUUUCUGAAGCAGCCAUCAUGUUUAGUUGCCAUACUUGUGUUUACAGUACCAUGGUGAGACCAUGCCUUUUUUAGGUUUUCUUUUUUGGUUCCUGCUUAGACAAUUAAGUUGCUGAGGAUCCAAGCAAAUUUUAAAUUUAACAGAAUGGGCCUAUUUCUUCCCAGUACCUUUAUUUCGAACGGUUGACAACUACUAAUCAUUUAUAUCUGAAAUAUAUCCCUUCAUAGAUUGCAGUCACUUCCACAUUAAUUUCUGAACUUGCCUUUGUUCUCUAUAAAGAAGUAUUCUGUUCAGGGGUAAAUGGCAUGGGACAGAAAAUACUGAGUUAAUGGGUAAAUAAUUCAAUGUGGUUAGUAAUGUUUAUGCUUUACUGACAUGGCACUGUCUCAGAUGUAGUUAUUUCCUGCAAAAAUAUACAUAAAAUGCAGUUACUGCUUUGUGCCCACAUAAACUCCUCCUUCAAUGAGCUGUGUAUUAAAAGUUACCCAUGAGUUAUUUUUUAUGAAGCAGACACAACUGUACCAGAACAAGACACAUUGUAAUAUAAACCUGUAUUCAUUAA